AUGGCAUCAUCUCACCACAACGCGCAGCUCGCUGAAGAGCCGAUAGAACCCGACGACGACAUCCCGGCAACCGUCGACGACCAUCAGUACUACGGGACCCAGCGCCCUCCUUAUUGGUACCGGAUCUGCCCCGGGGGUUUCCUGAUACCCCCCCCAUUACCCCCGUCCUCGGAGCAGCACCACGGUGUCCCCCCCGCGCAAGGACCGCCAGUUGAUGGGGUUCUGGUCCAUGCUCAACCGGUUUCCGACCAGCAUCACCAGGCUCCUCGAGACGCGCAGCCGCGAGGAAUAUCUCAGGAACCAACUUCAUGGGAAUCUCGAACCGGUGCUACAAACACUCACCAACCUCCCGAGCCGACUCCGGCAUCUCAGGGUAGCACCACGGCCCUGCGACCAAACUCCGAGCCCCAGUCCCAAGACCGCCAACGCUGCGACCUAGCAAGUCAUGAAGCUCAGGUUAAUAGCCAAGGAGUAUCCCAGCAAUGGCCGCCGCCUUUCAGUGCUGCUCCCAUCUCCGCAGACCGCAACAUGCCGGCGUCCUAG